GUGCCAUACCCGUUCACGAUACCAUCAGUUGAAUUCAUCCCAAGAAAAACAUCUUUAUUCCUUUGAAGCAUCUGAAAUGACGACUGCUUUUGGAGUGAUGGGUCGCUUUGCGGAUUGCGGAUCUGAAUCCGCGCCGGGAUCGCCGGUUGCCACCACUAUAGGCCACGGCUCGCUGGAAGGGAAGGGUGCCUACCCGGUCAAAGCCUUAAAGUUCUUAUUUUUCCGGCUACUGUCAUGCCGCCUCACGACACCGUCUACCAUUGCCGUUGGGGGUCGCUGGGGCUCAACGAGAGUGGGGGUGGAAAGAGGAGCUUUGGUUUGGCUUGGUUACUGUUCCGGCGGGUUUUGCUUGAUCCACUGAUGCCGCGGGGGAGAUGUCGGGACCUGGUGGGGGUGGGGUGCAACAUGUUGACGUGUACGGCUGAAGCUGACUGAUGGUUAGUUGGAUGCUGACGCGGUCAACGUUUUGAAUUUCAAAUUGGGAUUUGCCGCUCUUCGCUUGCGGCGCAUGGAGAAUGUGAUGUUGGGUCUGGCGCUUUGGGGUGACGCGGUCACCAGGAGGAAACCCUAACGGUUUUAGCUGUACCCAGUUCGCUGCUUCCGCUACUUGGACGCCUGGACUGGGCUUUAUACGUGAUGUGGGCCCAUGAGACUAAUUUGGACAUGGGAGUUGUUGGGAUGCACUUGUUUGCUGUUGUUGGUUGCCUUACAGGCUGCUGGGCCGCUAGAGCUAUGGAAAAUGGAGGAUGGGCCUUCAAUGGUUUGGAGCCCAUGGAACAUGGUGGUUGGCGGGCAAUUCACUCCGAUUUUUUGUGAUUUGUUUUUGAUGGACUUUUAGUUUUUGGACACUAAGUCGAGGUCUAUCCCGUGCAGCCGUGCUAGUUUUGAUUUUGUGCUACGAGCCGGGGCCUGUCCCGUACCGUUUUGAUUUCGGGAAAAAAAUCUCUCACUUUCCCCUUACCACGAGGUGGGGGGGGGAUACGAUAUAUACUAUUUUAAGUUAGGAUGCUAGCUUAUAUAGUUCUUUUGAUUCAUUGUACUAUGUUAUUUUCUGGAUAUAUAUAUUUACAUUUUAUCCAAACCAAAACUAAAUGAGUGUGUGGUACAAAUGUUGUAAUAUUCACAAUUUUGUUCAAAUGGAUCAUGUAAAAA